GCACAACUCCUUCCGUCGUCAAAUGAACUUAUCCAAUCCCGACUUCAACCCUGCUCAGUUCCAGCGCCAGGAGUCUUUGUCUGGUUUGGGUCGGAUCAAACCAGAACUUUACAAGCAGCGCUCGAUAGAUGCAGAAGAUGGCCAUAGAACCUCUAACUGUGGGCGCCUUCACUUUAUCCUUAAGUUUGACUUUGACCUGGAGCAGCUGAUCGUGAAGAUCCACAAGGCCCAGGACCUUCCUGCCAAGGACUUCUCAGGGACCUCUGAUCCUUACGUCAAAAUCUACCUGCUGCCCGACCGCAAAACCAAGCACCAGACCAAGGUGCACCGGAAGACACUCAACCCGAUUUUUGAUGAAGUGUUCCUCUUUCCCGUGGCGUACGCAGAUCUGUCGAAUCGUAAGCUACACUUCAGUAUUUACGACUUUGACAGGUUCUCUCGCCAUGAUUUGAUCGGCCAAGUGGUGGUGGACAACUUCUUGGAUCUUUCCGACUUUCCCCGGGAGACAAAACUGUGUCGGAACAUACAAUAUGUAACCUCGGUGAGAACUAGCUUCUUUACAUUCUUUGACUGUCCAUUUUACUCUCUCUUCUCUUUGUCAUAUUAA